AUGAAAUCUGUGAUACUGUUAUUAGCGUUAGCUACUGGCUUAUCUUCUGCACAAUAUUAUCGACCAGUUGGUAGCGGUGUCAAUUCUAGGAUAAUCAGUCAAACGCAGGAAGGUCCUAACACUGAUGGAUCCUAUAGAUGGAGUUAUCAAACGGACAAUGGUAUAAAUGCUGAAGAAGAAGGUCGACUAAAGGGUAUCGGCUCUACAAAUGAGGCUAUGGACGUCAGGGGAGGUUUCAGCUACACAGCCCCCGACAAUACUCCCAUCUCCCUGACUUACACUGCCGACGAAAACGGUUUCAGGGCUUUCGGACCUCAUCUACCAACCCCACCUCCCAUUCCAAUUGGUAUUCAGAGGGCUUUGGAAUGGAUUAGGACUCAUCCCGAUCCUAAAUAUCAAUCAUACUAG